AUGGGUAAGUCAGUUAAUCUUUCAUUUGUUCUAUCACUUAUCACACUCGUAUUUCGUCCAACGACAGAUAAAGUUCCUAUUGGGCUCUUCUCUAUUUUCCUCUCGUAUUACGUCUUCUUGGCGGGUCCAGGACUAGGCUAUUAUUAUUUGAGAAUCGGAUAUUCGACCCCGUGCCUCACUUCCUCAGUCUCGUCAGUGACGUGAAAGCGAAAAAAGAAAAGCGAAGCGAAAAAAAGGGAUAGAGUUUUGGGUAGCAGCAAAACAACAACGUUUUUCUUCUUUUUUUCACUAACGCCUGAAAACUCAAACUCAACCUCCCCCUCGCUGGUUGUUACUUGCUCACAUUUUGCUCGCCAUGGCACCUCCCGAGAUCCCUCGAAAGUCUGCCAGACUGAUUCAAAACGCUAAAACUUCCAAAAAAGUGGUUUUCAAAGCGAAAGCUAAGAAGAAGAAGGUGUCUUUAAAGAAGAAAAAUCAGUUUAAGAAAGGUAGGAUUAGCUGUGUUUUGUUGCAAUUUAUUCUCUCUACAUUCAUAUUAUUUUUUCAGCCUCUGCUCAAAGACAAAGCCCUAUUGAUAUCAUCGGACGAGAUGUUUGUUGCGACGAAGAAGUUUGCAGAGUAAGUUCAAGUUCAAACAACGACAGCUCGAAAACAAUUGUUUUUUUUUCAGGCCGACGCUCUCAACAUCGACUACAAGCCCGGAGACUGCGUUGACGUCAUCGUAAACGAAGGAGGGUUCCUGGUGAAUGUGAAGAGGCACUGCGCCACAUGUAAGUUCCGUCACGUGUGCCCUCCCCCGUACAUAACUUUUCCCCUCGUUUUCUUCAGCCCUCACCGCCAACCAUUUGCCGCCGGCGAAAUUCGAAUUGGCGCAAUUCCAUGCUCACUGGGGAUGCAACGGAAAAGAGGGUUCCGAGCACACGCUGAACGGAAAGAAAUUGAGCGGAGAGGUGCAUUUUGUGUUCUGGAACACCAACUACGCGUCAUUCGGUGAGGCUAUUCAGCAACCAGAUGGAUUGGCUGUUGUUGGAGUGUUUUUGAAGGUUCGUCAAAGACAUAAAGUCAUCAAAAGAUAAAUGUUCAUGUUUUUGUUCUCAGGAAGGAAAGUACAACGACAACUACCACGGAUUGAUUGACACAGUGCGCAAGGCAACCGGAAACGUCACACCAAUCGCGAUGCCAAAAGACUUCCACUUGGAGCAGCUCCUGCCGCCUGUGGACAAGAGGGAUUUUGUCACUUACCUGGGAUCUUUGACCACUCCACCAUUUAAUGAGUGUGUCAUUUGGACGCUUUUCACUGAGCCCAUCGAAGUUUCCUAUGGCCAGGUGAGCAUUUUUCUGUUUUGUGGUUGCUUCGGCCAGAACAGAACAGCUAUAUCAAAUUUCUUUUUGUUUUUCAGCUCAAUGUGCUCCGAAACAUUAUCCCUUCAAAUCAUCGUGCCUGUCAGGACAGAUGCGGACGUGAAAUCCGAUCAUCACAUAACUUCAACUGA